AUGGGGGACACUCGAUGCGCCAACCCGGAGUAUCAGUUCGACGUUGAUGUACUGAUGCUCGAAUAUCUGCUUCACCACGCGAUCAGAGCCCACCUGGUGGCCGCGCAGCAUCAGCCGAACGAUAUCAUGGGCGAAUUGAUAGAAGACGAGUGUGGUGGUUCCCAUGAAGUAGAGGACGAGGAGGGAAAGGACAAGGCGUGGGCAGCGACACGUACCCGCACGGCCUUUACGCAAUUCCAGCAGAAAUUUCAAGGUUUACAUCCUGAUUAUCAGCCGGAGCCAGGAAGGGCUUUCGACGGUAUGCUAUUCGAAUCGCUUCUCCUUGUCGAAGCAGCAAAACUCAGUGAUGUUGGUGCAUCGGUAAUUGCGCCACAAUUCGACGACACCGAUGAGCUUCGACAAUGUAUUGCUCGGCGAACCAAGAUCACGGACCUGGUGGCUGUCACAGCCGAAGCCCGCCCUGACGUCCAGAUUCCGUCCAAGGCAUCCACUUCACCACAGAAAAAGUCACAAAAGCGCCACCCUACCUUCCUACUACUCCACCGUUUCAUGAUCCUGAACGCCAGAUUGUUAGAGCAGCUUCCGGGCAAGACUAUCACAGAGGAAUGGAUGCAAAUCGCUGGCAGCCUGAUGCAGCUUGCGGCUCUCGAGACUAUCGAUGGUCUGAACGACUCAGCGACCAACUCAAGCAACAGUGUCGAGCAAGUAUGUCCAACCAUCAUUGACUGCUUUGCGUAUCACCAUGUCCCAGUGCUCAAGCAGCUCAAAGAGCCGGGCGGGGUGGAUAUCUCGGAAGACUUCGGGCUCGAUUGUUGGCUCAUGGAAGAAGAACAAGCUAUCAGCGACAUGUUCAGAUCUUGCGAGGACACCUGGGGCAUCAUUCGCCAACGAUACCUCGACGAGCUGCCCACUGAUCCAGUCGGAAACUUAGCGCAUCGUCAAGAGGAAUACCACGCAAUGAUGGACAAGGUCAUGAAGAGUGUGUAUGACUGUCUUGCUGAUAUCUUUCGCAUCAACAGCUUGCCGGAGAUCAGCGGCAAGCCUGCUUUGGUACAGAUUGAGGAAGGUGGACUGACAGGCAUGAGUGGGGAGGACUUCCAGAUGUUUGCAGAGCGGGUGGGCUUGGCGAAGAUCUACGAGCCAUGA